AUGUCUUCUCAAAAUCUCUCCACUUUUGCUCCUUAUUCACCACCGCCAGACGAAAGUAAAACAUAUCGAGCGUCACCUAUUCGGUACUCUCCAGUUUCGAGCGGAAGUGGUAGUGGUAGUAAUGCACAUGCCGCUUCAGCGUCUACCUCUGCCGCAGCAGCUUCCAGCUCAACCUCCACGGCUCCUUUUACCGGAGUAUAUCAGGCUACAGGACUGUCACCCUCAAACCAGAUAAAGGUUAACACAUAUGAAACAGAUUUACCUAUAAGAGUUGAUUUCGCCGCGGCAUUGACAUAUAUACUUGGAUGCAUCACUGAGCAAAAGAAUGAUUACGUUCGGUUUCAUGCUUGGCAGUCGUGUAUAUUAUUUGGCACACUGUUUUUUUUUCACUUUAUUAUAAACUUCUUGUCAUUAGUGGUUGGUUUUCUAUUACUAUUGGUUGAAUUGGGUCUAAUUGGGUUUCUCGCGUAUCGUGCAUAUAUUGAUGGGGCAACCUUAGAUCGAUACGAGGUCCCAUUUUUUGGUCCAUUGGCUAGUUCAUGGGUUGAUAAUGAAUGA